AUGAGCUCGCUUGUGCAGCUUAAAGCACAGAACGAAAGCCGACUGGCGGAAGAGAAGCGGCUGAUUGAUCGUCGACGGAACGUCCUCGUCAUGAUGCUGCAGCAUUGUACGGAGAAUGGGUAUCUGCAAACAGCCGAAAAGCUCCAGCAAGAGGCAGGUGUCGCUCUCUCCAAGUUCGAAGUUGUCGAGAACAUCGAUCUGCUGCGUAUCGUACAAGAGUACGAAGAUUUCCAAGAGAUCAAGUUCGGUAAACGCCCCAAGCUAGUUCGCCGCUUAUCGCCUGAUGAACAGGACAGAGCGCGGUCAGCUAACGACAAGAAAGCAGCAGCUACAGCCAAACGGGCGCGACGUAAUGAGUAUACAUCGCCAAACAUGCCAACGGAAGCGCGAGUGGAGAAUAAUGUUGCGAUGCGAGUCGUCCACAACAGCGCCAACAACGCUAGUAAUGUAGCUGCUUCUAGACCUACUAAAGAAGCAAACCAGGCUCGAAACGAUGAUUCAGCCGUUGAUCUCGGACUCGUCGGACAAAAGCCGGCACAGAAUCAGACUCGCAAUUCCAAGUCCGGCGUCUCAAAGAAAUCCCAACCAACAGAUGAGCAGCAACACGAAGAGAGUGUAGAGGAACGACUUUUAAAACCUUUGUCAUCCUUUGCUUACGACUUGGAACUUCGACCAUUAGCGGAGACUAUCACACGCGAGAUCUACCAAAAGAACCCGGACGUCCGGUGGAACGAUGUCAUCGGUCUACAGGAGACCAAACGGUUGUUGAAAGAGGCUGUCGUCAUGCCACUCAAAUAUCCGCAGUUGUUCCAGGGCUUACUCUCACCCUGGACUGGCAUCUUGCUCUAUGGUCCACCUGGAAAUGGCAAGACGAUGCUGGCCAAGGCUGUGGCGACUGAGUGUCGAACCACUUUCUUCAACAUCUCCGCCUCGUCCAUCGUGAGCAAGUACCGAGGUGACUCGGAGAAGCUCAUUCGGAUGUUGUUCGAGCUAGCGCGACAUCACGCGCCAUCCACGAUUUUCUUGGAUGAGAUCGACUCGAUUAUGGGCCAGCGAGAUAGUGGAGGAGGAGGCCAAGAGCACGAGGCUAGUCGUCGCAUGAAGACUGAGCUGCUGAUCCAGAUGGACGGUCUCACCAAGACUGACGACGUUGUCUUUGUGCUAGCAGCCAGUAAUUUACCAUGGGAUCUAGACGCUGCGAUGCUGAGGCGGCUUGAGAAGCGCGUGCUAGUAGAUUUACCAUCAGCAAAGGCUCGACAGGCACUCUUCGCCUCGCUGCUGGAGCCCUAUACGCCAAACACCUUCGACUUUAACGAGGCUGUGAAGCUGACAGAGGGGUACUCUGGCACUGAUAUUAAGCUAGUAGCGAAAGAAGCCUGUAUGGCACCUGUGCGCCGGUUGAUGGAGAAAUUGGAGGCCACUGAUAGCUCUGAAGCUCUUCCUACAGGCAGUAAUCAAGGCCGCGACGCAUCUGCAGCGGACUGGAGGGAAAUGCUGGGUUAUGUACAACCAGAAGAUCUUCUUGCAGCACUGCAGAGAACCAAGCCGUCAGCACAGCAGCUACUAAGGAGAUAUGAGCAAUGGCAGAUCAAGUUCGGGUCUACAUGA